AAUGUUGCCGGGAGUUGUCUAGUAGAGCGCAGGCACUAAUUUAGGACUCUAGGACUCUCCAUCUAGGAAAUAUUAGACAGGGUAUAUCCCUCGAUAUUUGAGAGGCUAGCCAUGUAAAAUAUGCACAUCCAUCUAUCCAUCAGCAUGUAUGCACACGAUGUAGGUUAAAAUUGUGCAGAAUUGGUCAACGAGCUGGACCCUUCCAGACACCUCCACUCGGGCUGUCGAUUGAGAAAGGUGCAUUAUGGCUAAUGUAUGAAUUAUUUUCAUUACUAGCUGGGUAGUAAAGCUAGCUAGAGGAGUUAGCUAGCUAGAGGUGAGGUGGACCUUCCGUACCCUUCCGUGUCUGCCAAACUGCUGUAUACUAUAUGCUAGCUAGCUAUCUAUGAUGUUUUUUGAGGAUUUUAGGUAGGCAAGCAAGUAUGAAUCCCACAGCUCAAUGUUGUGCUUGUGAUCUUAUAAAAUUAAAUUCUUUCUGUGGCAAAAGUAAGAAUAAAAUUCUUGCACCCCCAUAUACACGCAAGGGCUAUUGUUUUGGCAUUAGAAGCAUUAAAACCACUUUCUGUGUGACGUAGUUGUUUUGAUUUAAAUUUGAGAAUAAUUGCCAUGCAUGCACUUUUGUGUAGGUAAAAAAUCAGACUUGCACAGGGUACAAAUGGUUGUUAAUGAAGUUUAAGAUUUUUUGGUUGCAUAAGUUCCAAGAGGAAGUGGAAUUAAAUUUUAACUAUAUUCUAAUUCUUCUUAAAAAUUUUCAUUAAUUUUGAGUGAAUAAGUCUUUUUUGGAUGGAUUUCUUUGAUUACUGUGGUCUGUUGUUUACAUUUUCUGCCUACAGAAAUGCUUGCGCUUGUGCAAAAAACCCGCAAACUUUUUAACGUGUACCUCCAUUGACAGAUUACUUCCUAAUGAAAAAUAGCCUUUUCUUGAUCAGACACUUUUAGAAGUGUUAUUCAAACAAUUUUAAAAACGAAACCUACGUGCUGCUGUCUGUACAAAUUUUGUUAAAAUGUAGCUGAACUUUCCGAAUGAAUUUUGAAGUUUCAUUUAAGAGUGAGUAAGGGAAAGAAGUGCUAUGUAUUAAAAAUUGUGUAACUAAAAUUGAAUGGUGGUCAAUGCAUUGACUUAGUUAUAUUCGAAAAGCAUAUGAAAUUAUCUAGACAAUGAUCUCAAUAUUAUUUAAAAAAAAUAAAAAAUUUUAGAUCAUAAAAAAACGCCUUAAAAAAUGACCCCCUUCAUCAUCAUUAUUCUUGGCUUAAUGUCCGUUUUCCAUGCUAGCAUGGGUUGGACAGGGUAUAUUAAUGACCCUCUUCCAAUCUGAUCUAGACUGUGUUAGAUCUAAACUCAACUUCCUCUGUAUCAAGGCUGUCGUUAUAACCUCCUGCCAAGUCUUUCUCGGCCUGCCUCUGGACUUUGCCCCAGGAACUAUCAAGUCUCUACACCUUCUUACCAAAGUAUCCCCCUGCAUUCUUUCCAAGUGCCUUGUUUAGGAAGUUUGCUCCAUUUACAAAACUAAAAGAUUUUCAUACAUUCAUUUUGGUAUUCACUAUACAUUUUUCUCGGGAGCAUUUUUGAAUUAUGCUUUAUAUGUUUUUACUUUUAAAGAUAUUUCCCAUGAAAGUUAAGUACUAAAUUAUUCCCUUCGUUUCAUCACAAAAAGCAUCAUAACUCGAGUUAGGUUUACAUUCACACCUUAUUUAAAAAAGCACCCAAGAUGUGUCAUUCCUUCACAAAACAAAGUCACGCUCCUCCUUAAAGCUUUUAUUGUUUUAUAAAUGGAAAUUAAAAUGUAUAGCAUACUCUCUGAAAAAUUUAACUCUGUGAAAAAGAGUUUUAAAAUUUUUUAAAUGUUCAUUGUUUUCUGUGUAAUUCAUUUGUUGCCAUAGUAAAGAUGUAUUUUUAAUACUUUUCUGUAUGAUGCGUACUACUCACUUCAACACUUUGAUCAUACGAAACGACAUGGGUAAGAUAACAAAUAAUAAGAACAAAGGACACAGAUAAAAUGAAAAAAAUGAAAAAAUAUAAAAAGUUCCGCAUAAAUAUAACUAUUGCUUUUUUUAUAAUCUUUUAUGACUAUAAUUGCAUUAUCAAAAAAGUUCGCUCGUCCGAAAGUGAGUAAAAAUUAUUCUCAAGAUGACAUAUGAACAUUCAGAAAUGUUUUUGUGAGUACAAUAAGUUAUGUGUGCUAUGAAUGUAAAGUAGGUUUUUUGGAAUAAAGACAUCCUUUCAUAUUGUUUCAUAACUUUUUUCUUUUCUAUCAAAAAGCUCGUUUUCAACUCAUACGAAUGUGUAAAAAAUUUUGUUUUAAAAAAAUGAGAUUUUUUCCCUUUGUCACACCUUAUGGCGUAUAUGUUGAUAAAGAUUUUUUUUGAUUGAAAACGAACCAUAUUGUGAUGACCUGAAAAAUGAACAAUAAAUUUAUGAAAAUAACAAUAUAGUCAUGCAUACUAUUUUGUACAUGUAGAAAAGGAAGUUAAGAUUGAGAGAGUUGCUAUACGUAGACGCUCAAUCAUCAUGUUUGGGUUUCACGAUUUAAAACGUCUCCUACUUUUUUACUGCAAAAUAAAUGCGCAAAAAAGAUUGACCUUGGAGUUCAUAUCGCACGUGUAAUAUCCUUUGCCAUGCCUUGUUAAACAAAUAAAUAACCAUUUUAUAAAUCGCGUACCCGGAGCAAAUUAGGUAUGCUACGCAAUCGCAUAAUUUGGUCAACUGGAAUAUGUGAUUGAUCACGUAAGCACAUAUUUACAGAAUGAGAAGCCUGAGAUUCUGUGAAAAAUUCACCCUUUAUUUAUAAAGAGAUGACUGUGUUAACCGCAUGUUUUCCCUCAAAUAAUUCUCCCCGUCAGCACAUCAAUGAUAAAGUUUAACCCUUGUAAUUUAGCAUUUUAAUCUUACUCACUUAGCAAAAUUUUAACGAUUUAGUUAUUAAAACUACAGGCACAUUCAUAAACUCACUACUUUUGUCAGUGAGUGCUUCAGUGAUGCCUGCUAAUUUUUUCCAACCCAGGUUAAACACGAAUAGUGUGUACUUUACAAAAAAUUAAAAUGAACCCCCAAAGUUGCUUUCCACUUUAUUGAGGAAGCAGUUCUGAAUGCCUUUAUUCUUUACAAUCAAACCAGGGUCAACUUUUUUCAAUUGAGUGUGAUUCAAGAACAACCAAUUGUGUUAAAAAUUCUGUUCCAGAAUACAACCUUCCAGCAACUGAUUCCACCAACUGAAAUAAAAAGUAACCCUAAAAAGAGUUCUAAUCUUGUGUCAAGAGAGAUCAGAAAAGAAAGUCAUUAUUAAUGCGAGAAUUGUAUCAGCAAUCCUGGACUCUGCUAAGCACCAUGCUUUUAAUGAAUUUUAGAGAAACAAACAGUUUUGAGAAACGAACAGUUUUUUUUUUGUAUUAUAAUAUAGAUAAUUUUGGUUGCUAAGGUGGAAAAUCGCAGGUCAUGAAAGGUUGACACUGGUUACAUGAAAAACAUUUGUUGACUUAAAAAAUGUCCAAACUUUUUUUAAACUGAAAUAGAGGUAUAAGAAAUGGAAAUAAUUGUGUGCUAAUUUUAUAGAUAUAUGUCUUCAGAAUUUACAGUUAUGAAUUCUAACAACACUUCUCGCCUUAUUGCAUUAAAAAUGGUGUCUGCAAUGUCAACAGGAUUGUUUACUGGUGGUGCUUUGUAUGUGAGUUGUGUUGACAGUCCAGCCAGAAUGACUCAUGAUGCUGCUUCUGCUAUCACUAUGUGGAAACCAUCCUUUGUGAGAGCUAAGAAUAUUCAGAGUAAAUUGUGCAUUUUGUCGUCACUAUCUUCAUUUGGUGUAUAUGGAUGCAUCAAAGAUAAAUCUAGUGAUGCCAUGGUGUGGUUCGGUGUUGGUGCUGCUAUGCUUUCUAUCUUAUCCAUAACAUAUGUUUUUAUUGCUCCACAAAAUGAGCAAUUAAUAGAGACUGAAAACUGCAUUCAUGUGAAAGGUGAUGAAUGGAUUCGUGAGAAUUUAGAUAAAUGGAACAGAUUACAUAGCAUUCGAACAUUUAUAUCGUUUAGUGUUUUGGGUGUCAUAGCUUACGUUCUUGCUAAGUAGAAAUAUAUUACACAUACAAAUUUACUUUAUCGUUAAAAACAGGAUUUAUAUUAGGAAAUCAAACAGCAAUAAACACAAAAGCAAAUUUGAAGUAUUUUUGUCAUAUAAAGCGUCUAUAAAUGUUUUUGGGUACGAUCUUUGAGAUUUGGUCCCUUUUCCUAAACAAUCCUUUCCAGUGUUUUUAUAAAUAGUUAAAAUAUUAAAAAUGUUUAUUGUUGCAGUAUUAUAAGCUAGAUAAUGUGUAUAGAGGUUUUUUAAAGUUGUUCCUAUAAAAUAAUAUUUUUAUAUAUUUACAAGUUUGAAUUAUUUCGAAGUUGUUCUAUGAAUUAAUAAUUUUACAUAUUUACUAGAUAGGUAAUAUUUUUUGAAGUUGUUUCUGAGAAAUAAUAUUUUUAUAUAUUUACAGUAUUAUAACGUUGAUAAGAUCGAUAUGAAAUCC